AUGGUGGUACCGCCGCCGCCGCCUCGCUGCCCCCCCGCGCGCGCCCCACUUAAUGAAUUCGCCCGCGGCCGGACGACCGGGGGCUCUGGGCUCCGCCGCCCGCCCGCGGCCCGCCGCCGCCGUGAGGAAAAACAAUGCGCCGAGCGGGGCCGCCGCCGCGCCGCGGCCCCCCACCCCGUGCCGCCGCCGCCGCGCGCCGCCGCCGCCGCCGCGGCCGCCGCCGGGCUCCGGGAGGCCGAGACGAGAGGCGAGCGGGGCCGCCGGGGCGGGCGCCGAGGGCCGGGCGGAGCGGGCCGGCCAGGCAGAGCGGGGUGCGCGGGCGGUUGUGGGGCCCGGGACCGGCGGGGCCGAGUAGAUCGCGCUCGAAGCCCCGAGCCUGAACGGGGAGGGGGAGGGGGCGGGGCACGCCUGUACGUCACCCCCCGCGGCGUCACCACGCACGGCCCCCGCCCCGCCCCCUCCACCUGCGCCGGCCGCGGCGGAAAGAGCCGAGUGCGCUCGGGUGGAAGGGUCGAAGGCUCGGCGGCAGUGCGUGAGGCGACGGGCUGCGGCGCUGGGCCGGGCCUGCGGGACGCGAAGGGCGCAAAGCAGACGGCCACUUUUGUUCUGACGGUGUCAGAAACGCGGCACGAGCGGGGAGGGCGCCCUGGGCUCGAGCCUAGGACCCUGGGCGCGGAGUCGGCGCUGAUCCGGGCCCUGCCCGUCCGGUCCUGCCCCGGCAGCUCUCCCUCUUCGCAGCUGGCUCCUCGCCUCCUAGCUCGCAAGCCUCCAGUGUGA